UCACAAUCAAAACAUUAUUCGUGCGCAAUGGGUGAGUCCGCAUCCUCCGAAGGACGUUUUCUAAUCUAACCCUUGGCGCACAUUGUCGGGAAGCUCCGCGAUUUGUUCCACCAUGCUUCAGCUGAACGACACGAUGGAGCCGGAGAGUCCGGGCGCUGCGAUUCUCCACCCCGCAGAAACCGAGGAGGGGGUCGAGGUUGCCUUCACGCCGCCGGAGGCCGGACGGAGCCUCGGACACGGAGCCUCGGUGGCCUGCUGCCCUCCGUUACAAACGCUGACGCCUUUUCAUGUGCACAACCCCACGAUCCAAGCGAAAGUCAAGGACUAUUUCGUGUUCAGGCCAGGUACCAUAGAGCAGGCGGUGAGCGACAUCAGGACCGUGGCACUCCCUUCGGAGGAUGGAGAGGUGCUCAGCGUCUGGCUGCUGGCUGAAGUUGACCACUGGAACAAUGAGAGGGAGAGACUUGUGCUUAUAACUGAUAGGUCACUGCUGGUGUGCAAGUACGACUUCAUCAACCUGUUGUGUCAGCAGGUCGUCAGGAUCUCUCUCAACGCUGUAGACACCAUCUCAGUGGGCGAGUUUGAGUUCCCCCCCAAAUCCCUGAACAAGAGAGAGGGCUACGGGAUUCGCGUCCAGUGGGACAAACGUCCUCGGGCCUCGUUCUUAAACCGCUGGAACCCCUGGUCCACGGACAUGCCCUACGCCACCUUCACAGAGCACCCCAUGUCCCACGCUGAUGAGAAGGUGGCCUCCCUCUGCCAGUUGGACAACUUCAGGACCCAGCUGGUCCAGGCAGUAAAGAAAGCCCAUAAGGAGCACCCCAUCCCGGGUCGGGCCAACGGUGUCCUGAUCCUGGAGAGACCCCUGCUCAUCGAGACCUAUCUGGGCAUCAUGUCUUUCAUCAACAAUGAGGCCAAGCUGGGCUACUCCAUGACCCGUGGCAAGAUUGGCUUCUAAGAUCCACAGUUUGUCCAGAUUACAAGAGUUCAACCCAUGUGUCCGUGUUAACGCUGCGCUGUCUGAGGGAAGCUGUCGCUCCUCUACAGUGUAAUGCGCAACCGAUCUAUGUGUGUGUAUGUUGAGCCCAUGAGAAGUCCACACCUCCUGAAGUUGGUGUUAGAGACAAGUGGUCAGCCUUCUGUAGGUAAAUGAUUCGCAGCACUGCAUGGACUCGCUACUCAUUUGUUUUUGCCCCCCCCCAUCCCUUUCCUUUAAAGAGCUGCUCACAGAUCUGCCAUACCUACUGUACAUGGGCCCUCAGGAGUGUAUGCCCAUGAGACAUAAGUUGGAGAGAAAGGACACGGCAUCAAUUCAUCACUUCUGUACUUGAGUCUCUUGUGGUCUAAUGCUCCUUGUUUAACCACUGAUUGACAGACUGUCAAAACUAAUGGGACUGAGAUUUUGGUAGAGGAAUACAAACGUCAGGGGCGUUACUAUGGGGUUAAUGUGUUUCGUUUUUAGCUUUUCUCUGCAGCUAAAAAAGGCCACCCAGAGAAGAGCAGUUAAACCAUAAUAUCAGCUAGCAAUAUGUUUCAUAGUUAUUCCAUUAAUAUGGUUUGAAAUGAAGGCUUGCACUAUUCAGAUCAGGGGGCAUAGGGCAGCUCCAUGGUAUGGAAGAGCCGCUGAUGGACUGAGUCAUGUCACAUGAUUUUUGUAAUAAGGAUCACGCACUGCUAUACUGAAAAGCUCUGGGUUAAGAUGUGUUACUUGCGGAAGAUGACAGCUGGAUUCUACUUUUCAGCAUCCAUGAAAUGAUGAAUUACUUGCUGUGACCUUCCUCUCUUAUUGGCCAAUGUGCUCUCAAUGCUUACAUUUGCCUCAAUUAUGUGGUUGUUCAGAGCAGGGAGCCGAUGUACCACUUGGAGAGCUGCAUAAGCUACUAAUAUCUGAAAUGUUCUUGUAUGUUACAGAUGUUUUAUGCAACAUGAACUUGUAAACCAUGUCUUUAUGUUAAAAGUCCUGCAACGUGCAUUCGUUUUAGGCAGAUUUGCACUGGGUGUAAUGUUGGGUUACAAAAUGAAAUCCAUGCAGACAAAGCUUUGCAUCAGUUCAUUAACCACAUAAUGUAUGUAUCUUGUGAACUGGAUUUAGGUAAUUUUUUUUUUUAUAUAAUUGUGCUACCAAAGGUAACAUUUUCAUGCUCAACAAUGCCAAUGAAUAAUUGUGUUCUAAAAUGCCUUUUUUUGGGUAUAACUUGCGCAUGUUCCCUGCACGUUGAGUUUGCAUGACAGAUGUUUUUUAAAUGAGUAUCCUAAACGGACCUGUAAAAACUAAUUAGGUUUUAUUUAUCUGCUGUUAUUUUGAUGCGGUUAAUUCAUGAAUGCUUAUAGAAAACAAGUAUUUCAUUGCCAGUUAAGAAGCAUUCAUUUAGGGAUUUUAAAAGUGAUUAACUUGUUAUUACCGGUACCAACAAGUUGAAGGAUUACUUUUUGUUCUAGAUACGUAUCUGUAGCCACAAUGGAGAAUAAUAAAUGCCUACGUGUUCCUGUUG